CUCAUAUAUAGAGAUAAUUUCGUUAUAUCGAUGUUUCACUGUUAUGUAUUACCUUUAAUUUAUCUUUCUUUAUAUUUUAUCACUGUCCAUCUCCUGCAGCUUCGUCAGAUAGCAGCCCACGAGCCCCAGGCAGACGCUGCGUCCUUAGUGGGUCCUGCUGGCGGCAGUCAGAAGCAACGAUCUAGCUUCUUCAGGACUCAGAGCCGCGGGCAGGUCAGCGAGUCUUCCUCAAUCAAGUACGAUCAGAGGCGAGGCAGCACUAACACCAACAUUGUCCAGCCGGUGACGCACGUCAGCAAACGAGAGGUGAAGGCCGCCAAGAGUCUGAGCAUCAUCGUGUUGUUCUUUAUGAUCAGCUGGUUCCCUCUCUACACCAUAAACUGUGUCCAGGCGUUUUGUGAUGAUUGUAAGGUUCAUCCAGACCUCAUGUUCUUCACUAUCAUCCUCACUCACCUCAACUCCGCCAUCAACCCCUUCCUCUAUGCUUACCACAUGAAGGACUUCCGGAAUGCUCUCAAGAUGUUCAUCUUACACCGCCUGCUGCGUCGGCCAGUGGACUUAGAUUAUGCGUAUGGUCGCAGCUUGGUGUCCCCACAUCACUCCACUCUUUACCGGGUCAACGUGACAGGCGCAGCCCCCUUAACCAACCUGCACACACCUCAUGCUCAGGCCACUCCCAUAUCUGGUUCCCUCUCGCCCCUCCCAGGCACACCUAUAGGGGAACUCAGGUCUCAGUCCUCCACUAUGUGCAGUUGCGGUCCUAUUUCCUCUCCCCGGAAUGUGUCACCCUCCUUGUCUUUCCCCCCUUCUCCUAAUAUGCCAAUGAGCACAUCUAGAACCAUCCAGGACACUCCUUCAUUAGCCUUGCGCCCACGAGCCGCCACAAUCACCUCUCACACAUCGCCAGCCUCAGCGAGGACACCCAUGGCUACUGCAGAUGAUCCCUCACAGCCUCUGCUUUCAUUAACUGCUCCACUACAGCAAACACGAAUGUCCGCCACACUUCCUGCUGCGACACUUCCACCAUUCUCACUGUCACACACAGUAGAUCCUGUGGUACCAACUCAACACAAUAUCACAGCUCCACAUCUUGACAACCUGACAGUGUGUGUUGUUGACAUGAAUUCAACCAAAAGUGAUGUCAGCAGAGAGCCAACUGUUAAUUCUUGUUCAACAACAACUUGUGAUAUUGUUCAAGAGGAUGUGAGUGGCAUUAUGAUUUCGGGAAUAACUGCAACACCCUCAGUGCUGACAAGUGAAGCUGGUCUGCCUGUUUCAAGAGACCAGAUGGAAACUGAUAUUUCUACUCACUCACUGUCUGCUGUUACUGCUUCCUCUUCAUCAGUGUUAUCUGCUAUUACAAGCAGCUCUGAUUUCGUCGGUAAUGAAACUAGAUGUGAUGCCAUUGAGGAUCAAGUAUUGGAAUAUAUACCAUGUAAAAAAAAAAUGAAUAAUUGCACUUUAAAGCCAAAUAUGUCAUCAUGUGAAACAUUACAAAGUAUACAUUCUUGCAUUGAAACCAAUUUUUCAAAUACCAGUAAUCUCACCAGAUGUGGAAGUAAAAAAGAAAAACAAGAAGAGACCGAUUCCACCACACAAUUAACAAAGCAACAGAAGGAAAGUGAAACACAAAUUGAGGAGGUUAUAAAGGCAGGUGAUGGCAGGGGGGUGCCUCAACCCACAAAAGACACUUCCGCUACAAUUCCAAACGGCAAUGUUUGGAAUUCUCCUGCAGUGCCUUUGGAUACAAAUGGUUCCAAGACACAGAGUGAGGAUUACACAUCAACAUGUGAUGCUUCCAGUUUCCCUUGUUUGGGAUCCACUAUAGAGCAAAAGAAAUUAGGGACACCUCGGGAAGGUCUGAAUCCCCGGGGGACUGAUGGAUGCCACACUGAGCAGUCGGGUAUAUCAAAACAACUUAGUAAAUACCUACCAGAAAUACUAAGAAGGAGAGAGGGUGGACUCAGAAGCAAAAAUACAAGAAAAACUAAGAACUGGUGGGCAGAGAUGAUGAGACAACGGUCUUACCACGGUAUCUCUCUCGAGUUGAAAAAUUCUAAACAUGUGAAGAGAGCUCAGAGCAUCAGUGGUGCCAUAGAAACUUAAUUCUUUACAAUACAAUAUUGUUACAAUUCAUUCGUAUGCUACUUUUCUCUGAUAUUGUAUACUGUCUCUACAUCUUCAAGCAGUGUGGUCAUCAAAAUGCAUACUGAACAUUUGUCAAGUGCUUACAAUAAUUAAUACAAGUUCAAACUGGUAUCAGUGUUCAUUAAACUCUGGCGAGUCCUCAUCACUAGCAUUUAACUUUAAUACAAGGGAGAUUAGACAACACAAAAAUUCUUGAAAUUUCUGUAAUGUGAAUAAUGAUGAAAAGACAUUUUCUAAAUAUUUUUAAAGCUUGGAAAGAUUUAUAAAGUGGUAAUAAUCACAAACUUAUGAGCUUCUGACAAUAUAAGGAGUAUCAGUGUUGUUAAUGUGCCCAGAACUUUUGUUGCUACUGAGUAAUUAUCAGAAACUUUGCCACAAAGUCAGCCAGUUAUUACAACAACAAUGUUUAUGGUCGAAUGCACUGCCGGCCCCACUGCCUCCUAAUGUACUGAAAAAAAAAGGCUCAGUCUACAAUGUGCUGUAUAGUAUCCACACUACCCUUAAUGGACCACCAGGCCUUCAGGACCCAUUUUCACCUUCGCUUGUUACAACUGCAGGAAAGUUCUUAUCUGCUAAUUGUGUUCCUUUUACAACAUAAUCUUGACAGAUCCUACAGAUAACACGGGAUCCCUUAAUCACUGGGUCUAAAAGUUAACCAAAGUCGUAGCUUUACUGUAGAAUGAUAAUCCAACUCUGGUUCUUGGUGUGGAAUAAUUUUUUCCCAGAUUUUUGUACCAAAACAUUUAUUUUAUACAGUCAUGUUAUCUCUCACUCGUCCCUUGCUCGCUACCUCCAAUGUUUACGGGACAAAGAAUGAUUCACACAUGUUCUGUUGUGAGCGUUGAGUGUUCUUAUUGAUCUUAGAAUGCUUAUGGUUUACAUCAUGAAUGCUUGGCCGAAUUUUGCACUGUGGAUGAACCAGAUGUUUGUAUUGUUCAUUUUGUGUAUGAAGUGUACAGUUCAGUAUGAAAUCUUAGUGUUGGAACAUAUAUUUAGAAUGAAUCAGAAGUAUUUCAGGAACCUCUUUUUAGGUUUACAAAUAUAACAAUUGUUUGUAUUAGAACUUGGACACAGUCUUGUGCUUGGCUUCUUGGUCUCACACAUUAUAUACAGCUGAUGUAAAGUGCACUCAUAACCUGUAUUUAUCAGACAGGUAGAGAUCAGUAGCAUAACGUUUCUAGUCUUCCUCAAUUUCAUGACUCUUUAGAAAUCUCAUAAAAACAUUUAAAACUACGAGUUAUGGUAUUAAGGUAUUGUAUCAGGGGUUUGGAACCAGAGUGUUUGUGUAAAGCUACCACAAUUCGGGUGUGUUGGAAUAAUUGUCUCAUUAAAUCUCGUGGAUUUUUAUACAUGAAUAAGUUCAGGGAUCUAAAGUUAGCAUGAUAUGGAUUUUAGGCCCAUAGACACCCUUUAAAAGUCUUCUACACACACACACACACACACACACACAAGUAUGUGACUGCGUAGUGGCGGGUUAAACAUCAGCUGUUGAGGAGCUGGUUUGCAACACUCACAAUCAAUUUUGUGGGUAAAUAUCAGAUGUUCACCUCCUCACCACAAUCUCCUUCACCACCUCCACCCAUGCACAUCCACUACCUCCAUUAUCACCACCUAAAUCACAGUUUCAGUGAUGGGUUAGAAUCAAGGCAGCUUCAGAGCAGAGCCGUGUGAUGUCCACUGUCUCCCUCCUGCCUCCCACCCACCCACCCACCCAUCCACGCACUCCAUCUCAAUCUACAAUUGUCACUACUCUUAAUCAAACGACUGUCAUUAUUGAUACAAUAUUGCUUAAUUGUUAUUCAUUAAUUAGUAAAUACAGUACAGGGUAUACGUUACUUUAAUAAUCUACGUUUAUUUAUACCUGUACCCUUCACAUACAUCAUCAGGAAUGCAUCUCCUUAUAAACUACAGGGCAUUCAACAUAGUGACAGUGCAAAAAGUAGGAUUUACUGGGAGUGAAUACACUGGUUUAUUACAAGUUAUUGAUAAUUUUUACAAUGGUUGGGACUGGGCUGUUCUUAUAGCG